CUGAUCGGUGGAUCUUCUGCCGCAGAAUGCAUACACGAAUAAGCGGGAGGGACAAUCGAACCAGAACAACCGCACUUCGCGGUCGCGGAACGAGGAGAGCACGGAGGCACUAGCGUCUCGAGCUAUGCGGUCGCUGAGGAAUGCGUCAUUCGGUGCAUUCCCUUCCCUUGCCUCUUUCAUUCGUAACUCCAUCUCGUUCACCACCUCCUUCUCCCCUGUAUCGUCGCCGUCACUUGUCCUGCUGGGUUGUCGCUGCCUGUCGACGUCAUCUUCCAGGCUUUUCGUUGGAGGCUUGUCUUGGGGAGUGGACGAGAGAUCCUUGAGGGAUGCUUUCUCCUCUUUCGGAGACGUCACAGAAGUACGGAUAAUCUACGACAGGGAUUCUGGAAGGACAAGAGGAUUUGGAUUUGUAUACUUCUCAAAUGAGGAAGAUGCUAAAUCUGCAAAAGAUGCCAUGGAUGGCAAGGCAUUGCUGGGUAGGCCUCUGCGGAUAAGUUUUGCAAUCGAGAAAGUCAGGGGAAGCCCUCUCAUAGUGCCUCGUCUGCCAUCUGUAGAAGCUGAGUCUCGUCAUAAAAGAUCGUAGUACUUUCGUGUUCCAAUUGUUAUUCCUCGUUGUUUCUGUUCUUGUAAGUUAAAUGCUGGAUGUGUGCGUUUCUUAUAUCUGACAAAAUGUAGUUUGCAAAUUGUCUUUCUGCAUCCACGACUCACAUGUUUUCCUAUCUACCGCACAUAACCAUUACCAUAAUCACAGAACAUUCUCCUAGUUA